CGGAGGGCGGAGGAGGGCGGCGCGCGGAGAGGUUAUUUGUGGUUCGCUUUGAUCCCUAGGGGGAACCUGAAACUCUCACAUUCCUGGCAUAGCAGCCGCCUCCGGCGCGGGCCGACCCUGGGGCUGCGCGCUGGGGCGCGAACAGCCAGAGCGUCGGCGCCACCGCAGAGAGCACAUCUCCGCCCUGAGCCUAGCCGAGCCGGGCUGUGCUGUUGUCGGGUCCGACUGCGCGGGACACCCGCGGGCCGCAGCGCUGCUCUGGGGCCAGGUGUUGCUGGCCAUUGUCCAGGCAGGUGUGUGCAAGCCAAAGAAGCAUGAGGACACUGGAAGACUCCUCGGGGACAGUCCUGCACCGCCUCAUCCAGGAGCAGUUGCGCUAUGGCAACCUGACUGAGACCCGCACACUGCUGGCCAUCCAGCAGCAGGCUCUGCGGGGUGGGGCUGGAGCUGGGAGCACAGGGAGCCCCCAGGCCUCCCUAGAGAUCCUGGCACCUGAAGACAGUCAGGUCCUGCAACAGUCUACGAGGCAAGAGCCCCAGGGCCAGGAGCACCAGGGUGCUGAGACCCACCUGGCAGAGAACACCCUCUACCGGCUAUGCCCACAGCCCAGCAAGGGCGAGGAACUGCCCACCUAUGAGGAAGCCAAAGCCCACUCACAGUACUAUGCAGCCCAGCAGGCCGGGCAACGGCCACAUGUUGGGGACCGGGAUCCUCGAGGGGCUCCGGGAGGCAGUCGGCGGCAGGAUGAGGCUCUGCGGGAGCUGAGGCAUGGGCACGUGCGCUCCCUGAGUGAACGGCUCCUGCAGCUGUCCCUGGAGAGGAAUGGCGCCCGGGCCCCCAGCCACAUGAGCUCCUCCCACAGCUUCCCACAGCUGGCCCGCAGCCAUCAGGGACCCCCACCCAGGGCCCCCCCUGCUGAGGGCCCGGAGCCCCGUGGGCCCCCACCUCAGUAUCCACACGUCGUGCUAGCUCAUGAGACCACCACUGCUGUCUCUGACCCGAGGUACCGGCACAGCAACCCGCACUUCCAGCAUGCUGAAGUCAGGAUCCUGCAGGCCCAGGUGCCCCCUGUGUUCCUCCAGCAGCCACAGCAGUACCAAUACCUGCAGCAGCCCCAGGAGCACGCUCCACCUGCACAUCCUGCCACGCUCAGCCAUGGCCCCCUGGGCACCUUUGGUCCACCUGGGGUGGAAGGGCCAGGAAGUGCCCAGGCCUCCUCAGCCACCUCGGGCAGUGCCCACCUGGCCCAGAUGGAGACUGUGCUGAGGGAGAAUGCCAGGCUGCAGAGGGACAACGAGAGGCUGCAGAGGGAACUGGAGAGCUCAGCGGAGAAGGCUGGCCGCAUUGAGAAGCUGGAAAGUGAAAUCCAGCGGCUCUCUGAGGCCCAUGAGGGCCUAACAAGAACCUCUUCCAAACGUGAGGCCCUGGAGAAGACCAUGCGGAACAAGAUGGACAGUGAAAUGAGGAGGCUGCAGGACUUCAACCGGGAUCUCAGAGAGAGAUUGGAAUCUGCAAACCGCCGUCUGGCAAGCAAGACACAGGAGGCCCAGGUGGGCAAUCAGGACAUGGUGGCCAAGCUGCUUGCUCAGAGCUAUGAACAGCAGCAGGAGCAGGAGAAGCUGGAGCGGGAGUUGGCGCUGCUGCGCGGCGCCAUAGAGGACCAGCGGCGGCGGGCCGAGCUGCUGGAGCAGGCCCUGGGCAAUGCGCAGGGUCGGGCGGCUCGAGCUGAGGAGGAGUUACGCAAGAAGCAGGCCUAUGUAGAGAAGGUGGAGCGGCUGCAGCAGGCACUCGGCCAGCUGCAGGCCGCCUGUGAGAAGCGGGAGCAGCUGGAGCUGCGUCUGCGGACACGCCUGGAGCAGGAACUCAAGGCCCUGCGUGCACAGCAGAGACAAGCAGGCUCCCCCAGUGGUGGCAGUGGCAGUGCUGGGUCCCCAGAGCUCAGUGCCCUGCGGCUGUCCGAGCAACUGCGUGAGAAGGAGGAGCAGAUCCUGGCACUGGAGGCUGAUAUGACCAAGUGGGAGCAGAAGUAUUUGGAGGAACGUGCCAUGAGGCAGUUUGCUAUGGAUGCAGCUGCCACAGCUGCUGCCCAGCGUGACACUACCCUCAUCCGACACUCCCCCCAGCCUUCACCCAGCAGCAGCUUCAAUGAGGGUCUGCUUGCAGGCGGCCACAGGCAGCAGGAGAUGGAAAGCAGGUUAAAGGUACUCCAUGCCCAGAUCCUGGAGAAGGAUGCAGUGAUCAAGGUCCUUCAGCAGCGCUCUAGGAAAGACCCUGGCAAGGCCACCCAGGGCUCCCUGAGGCCUGCCAAGUCAGUGCCGUCUGUCUUCGUGGCUGCAGCUACAGGAGCUCAGGCCUGGCAAGGGUUUUCGGCUAAUGAACGGCAAAUAGAUGCUUCUGCUCGGCUGGCUACAGCAGACAGGGCACCCAUAGAGGAGCCAGGAGCCACAGCUCUCCUCCCUGCCCAUGCCAAACAUGGGAGCAGAGAUGGGAGUACCCAGACUGAUGGCCCAUCAGAUAGCACCUCCACCAGCCUGGUACCAGAACCUGACAGCCUUCUGGGGUGCAGCAGUGGCCAGAAAACAGCCUCUCUGGACUCUGUAGCUACAUCCAGAGUCCAGGACUUACCGGACAUGGUGGAGAUAUUGAUCUGAAGGAGAUGGUGCUUGGGGACUCUGAGCCAUUCCGUCCCCUCCUCAGCCCUCUGCCAUUCCAACAGGCCUGUCCAGUUGCUGUCCUCUCACUGUCCCCCAGCCAGACACUGGUUCACAUUGACCACCCGGUCAGGGAGCUCAGGAGGAAUACUACAGGGGAAAGGAGAACUGUGAGAGUACCAGCACCCCAGAAAACUUUGCUUCUCAGCCCACAUUCCUCCUGGGCCUAUGGAGAAUGAGGAUUCAGCCUCUGUAUUGCCCAAGGCUUACUGCUGGAUGGCAACUGAGAGCUUGGAAAGGAGCUGGGCCCCCUCCCUCACCAGCUGGAGGGGACAAACUGGUCUGGAGGGCAGAUUUCCAAGGAUGGCUGCCCAUGGACACCAGGUGGCUGGUGGACUGAUCAAGUCAGCAUGUUGUUCUCUGGCUGAGUAUAGUCCAAGCCCACCUCUUUUGCCCUUCGGUUCCUCACUGCCUCCUUGGAAUCACUAAGACUUGAAUCUUUUGGGGACAAUUGAGUGUUAGUUUGGCAGAAGCCACUGCCAAACUCCCUCUCCCUUGGUGUGGAUUAGGGGCCAUCUGAGUGGGAGACCGCAGUUUGUAUAUAAUUGCCUUUCUGUGGAAUGGAAGAUUGAGGCACGGCAUGCUGGUUUAGAUUUGUCUCCUCCACUGUGCUCUCCUGUCCCUGCUGCCACAGUUCCUGAAACUUCUGCCUGGCCUCUCAGUUAUUCCUCCUCAAGUUCUUGGCCCAUGGAUUUUAAUGCAGGAUUUUGGCUGUCUGCUCCUCUGGUCUUGAGCCCUGUAUUAAAUGCCCAUGGAAGCCCCAUCACCAGCCUCUUGAAAUGGCUCCACAGCUCUUGUCCCUGGGACCUCCUAUCAGUUUGGGUUCUAAGCUCUGAGCCAGAUGAAAUGAGCCACCACAUGAGGAUAUCCACCAUGCCCUCACGAGGGCUUGGGUGGCCUGCCUUACCCUGCACCUGUUUUCUCUGAGGAAGCAGGAGAAAUGUCUUCUUCUCAGAAAUCUCUUUGUUCCCACCUGGAGGGAUUGGGAGAGGGAGCUAUGCUGUUGAAAACUGGUUAAUAAGCUAGAAGAUACGACUCAAACAGUCCUCUGAAUGGAGCCCCCAUCCCAACAUGGCGCCCGUGAGGCUGGGUCCUCAUGCCACGCAGGCCCAGUGUCCUGAAGCAAGGCCAGAUGGAAUUGGGGUGAAGCACCCACAUGGCAGCCUAUCAACAGCAGUGACUGACUUCUAGUCUUAAAAGAGUCCCCCAAGAACUAUUGGUGGAUUUUAGCAGUUUUGUCUUGACUGUUUCUAGGUUUUCUUGAAUCUUUGGGGUUUUUUUUUCCCUUAUUGUUUUUAGGUUAUGUAUGUGUUGUUUUAUUCCCAUGGUUCCUCAAGUUUCCUUUUUAAACAUUUGCAUUUGCUGGACAAUUGCAUAUUUUUUUUAAUUCCCCUACCCCUGUUUAAAGCUGAAAAAUACAUUUGGUUCAUGUGCAUUGUUUACAAAGAAAAAAGGCAAAAAAUAUUGUGAAAGAAAAAAAACCAACUUAAUAUAUUUUGGAUUAAUAUUUGGUAUUUCUUUUAAAGUAUUUUUUGUGCUGUGAACGUUUUCUGCCAAAGACCAUGAUGUGUGUCUGUAUGUUUAAGUUAUCGUAAAUAUUUAAAAUGUAAACAUGGCUGUUUUGUUAUGCCACCCUGUACCAGGAUUGCUGCUGCAUUCCACUGGGUAUAACAGUAUUUUAAUAAAAAAAAAUUGUUAAAAGUAGUCUUUGCA